AACGGCCUCAUUCAUUCCGUGCUCUCCAUUCGGCAAACACCUCAUAUCCGGGUUCAAAAUUUAAUAUAAAUAUAUUUUCUUCUAAUAUUGCACAAAUCUAACGGAAAAUGGCGGUGCGACCUUUCGGCCCCGGACCCGGCGUCUACAUGCUCCCACCCACUGUGGGCUAUGAUAAGCAUGAUAAUCGCAAACAGCGGAUGCCACAGUACUCCUUCGGCAUGCGUACGCGUGCUGUUGGAGAGGACCUGGGUCCUGGUCCCGGGGCCUACAAGGUGGACAAGUUGACGCGUUACGGUGGAUCCAAGGGGUUAGAGUUUUCGAUGGCCCCCAGAACAAACACUAUAGACAAGCGGAGUAGUCCCGGACCCGGAGCCCAUGAUGUCCACAAAAAGCCAUUCUUCACGGGAGUUAAUGCGCCAUCCUAUUCGAUGGGUCUGCGAACGGACUUUAGCUUUAAAAAGGAUGGUCCUGGUCCCAAUGCCUACAAAUAUGAGGUGAAUGCGGUUCGUCCUGGUGUCCCGAGCUAUAGCAUGGGCUUGCAAACAAAGCUUAUCAAUAAGACCAAUUCACCUGGACCUGCAGCCUAUGGUGGCGGUGAUAUCAAUGUCAAGCUUAACCGUGCUCCGAUAUACUCGAUGCAGGCAAGAACCGUAGUUCCAGGCGAGAAUGUCGGCCCAGGACCCAACUAUUAUGAUUUAAUGUACUAUCGUCCUGGCAAAAGCGGACCGGGUUACUCCUUCGGUGUGCGUCACAACCAGUACGCUCCGCCCAUGAUUGUUAGAUGUGACAACAUGUAGAGUGCAAUAUUAGAAGAAAUGUUCCAAAUUUUAGUGAAUAAAAGGUUUAAUAAUA